AUGAUCAUCACGGAGAAAAUCCAGUCUAGACUAGAUAGCAUAAAGGCCUUGGCCAUUGGAACUCGACCGAAGUCGAGCUCCUCACACACUUCCAUAAUCGGAGCCGCAAUCGAUCUAGAGCACAAGAUAGAGGAAGACUCGACCAAGCUGCAAUCCCACAGAUCUUCUCCACAAGCUCAUCGACCGGCCAAUGGAACACGGUCAAUUUCGAAAUCGUCGGGUUGGAAGAACCCGCCUCUCGUUCGGCAACUUGAGCAAAGCAAGGACCAGACGACAGCGAUUGAACUCGAACCACGACGUCUUACGCCCACCCACCUCAACCGCCUCCUCUUCGCUCUCGACAUCUACCAACCCGACCACCGUCGAGACGAUACGAUGCUGCGACAGACUCUGGCUCGUUCGGCUUGGCGGACAGGCAGGCACGCCGCCAAAGCCUCGCGAGCCUUUUCCGCCACAGCCCAGCGUCCGGCCGAGGUCGAGCUCACGAUUGCUGGCUCUGCAUUGAUUCAAGCUUGCGAAAAGGCCGGAGCGACCGUCCCAAGGAAGCUAAUGAUUGCUGGAAACUGCCGUAUGUGCUUGGUUGAGGUCGAGAAGGUGCCGAAGCCAGUAGCAUCAUGCGCAUGGCCGGUACAACCGGGAAUGGUGGUCAAGACGAACUCGCCUAUCGCACACAAGGCCCGCGAGGGUGUUAUGGAGUUCCUUUUGGCAAACCAUCCCCUUGACUGCCCGGUUUGUGACCAGGGUGGCGAGUGUGACUUGCAGGACCAGUCAAUGAGGUAUGGCGCCGACAGGGGUCGCUUCCACGAGAUUGGAGGCAAGAGGGCUGUUGAGGACAAGAACAUCGGUCCUCUUAUCAAGACGUCGAUGAACCGAUGCAUUCAUUGUACACGCUGCGUUCGGUUCGCCAACGACAUUGCCGGAGCCAACGAGAUGGGUUCGACCGGCCGUGGAAACGACUUGCAGAUCGGCACCUACCUCGAGAAGAACCUGGACUCGGAACUUUCCGGCAACGUCAUCGAUCUUUGCCCCGUCGGAGCUCUGACUUCGAAGCCCUACGCCUUCCGGGCCAGGCCUUGGGAGCUGAAGAAGACGGAGUCCAUCGACGUCAUGGACGCUCUCGGUGCCAAUAUUCGUGUUGACUCGCGUGGCCUUGAGGUCAUGCGCAUUCUGCCCAGACUGAACGACGAUGUCAACGAGGAGUGGAUCGACGACAAGACCAGAUUUGCUUGCGACGGCUUGAGGACGCAGCGUCUCACCCUUCCUUUGAUCCGCAAAGAGGGCAAGUUUGAGCCGGCCUCGUGGGAGCAGGCUCUGAACGAGGUUGCUGAGAACUUUGCCCGCAUUGCCCCCAAGGGUAACGAGUUCAAGGUUAUUGCUGGCCAACUCACCGAAGUUGAGUCCCUGGUCGCCAUGAAGGACAUGGCCAACAAGCUUGGCUCCGAAAACCUGGCCUUGGACAUGCCCUCGGGUAGCCAGCCCAUCGCACAUGGUGUGGAUGUUCGCUCCAACUACCUUUUCAACUCUAGGAUAGCUGGUGUCGAGGAGGCCGAUGCUAUCCUGAUCGUCGGCAGCAACCCCAGGCACGAGGCUGCUGUUCUGAACGCUCGUAUCAGGAAACAAUGGCUUCGUUCGGACUUGGAGAUUGGCGUCGUGGGCGAGACAUGGGAUUCGACUUUCGAAUUUGAGCACUUGGGCACUGAUGUGGCUGCUCUGAAGAAGGCCCUUGCCGGCCCCUUCGGCAAGAAGCUUCAGUCCGCCAAGAGGCCGAUGAUCAUUCUUGGUUCUGGUGUCACGGAUCACGCCGAUGCCAAGGCAUUCUACGAGAUGGUCGGUGCCUUCGUAGACAAAAACGCUGCCAACUUUAUGACUCCUGAGUGGAACGGAUACAACGUUCUCCAGAGGUCCGCAUCAAGAGUUGGCGCUUUCGAGGUUGGGUUCGUCACCCCUUCGGCCGCCGUUGCCGAGACCAAGCCCAAGAUUGUUUGGCUUCUGGGUGCCGAUGAUUUCCAAGCUUCAGACAUCCCCAAGGAUGCUUUCGUCAUCUACCAGGGCCACCAUGGUGAUAAGGGUGCCGAGAUCGCAGACGUGGUCCUCCCAGGUGCCGCAUACACCGAGAAGUCUGCAACCUACAUCAACACCGAGGGUCGUGUCCAGAUGACCCGGGCCGCCACCUCGUUGCCUGGUGCCGCUCGCACAGACUGGAAGAUCAUUCGUGCCGCGAGCGAGUUCUUGGGCGUUCCUUUGCCCUACGACGAUCUGGCCAUGGUUCGCGACCGCAUGGUUGAGAUCAGCCCGGCUUUGGCUGCCUAUGAUAUUGUUGAGCCGGUGGCUCUGCAACAGCUGAGCAAGGUGCAGCUUGUCGACCAGAACAAGGGAUCGAAGCCGACCAACGCAGCACUGAAGCACGCCGUCGAGAACUUUUACUUUACCGACGUUAUUUCGAGGAGUUCGCCAACGAUGGCUCGCUGCUCGGCAGCCAAGGAGACCGGCAACCCCAAGACUGACUUUAUGGCUCCUGGCAUGACGGAAGAUAAGCCCAUGGGUCAGGUGGCCUACGGAUCGUAAGACAGCCACCGAGCCAAGAAUUAACGUAGACCAAACCCAAAAAAAGAAUAUAAGAUGAAUUAGUAGGGGGAUGUAAGAAGGUUUAGAGCACGGGAUUAGCCCACCCUUUUUAAUCUCUGGGCGUGGAUUUCCCUUUGUGUCAUUUCUACGGUUUUUGUACAUAUCUGGGAGUAUCGAGGGAAGAACACCAGUCUUUUUUUUUGCCCGUCAAAUCGUGAAUACAACACUGGUUCCGCA